UACAAUCCACUGAUCAGUGUAUACCAGAUAGUGAGAAUCCUUAUAUGGUCCUUCGAGCUAGAGAGAAAACUUCUCAAUAUUGGUCCUUCGAGCCGGAUAGGAAAAACUUCUUAACAAUUGGUCCUUCGAGCCAGAUAAGUGUGCUUACCACAGAAGAAGGAUGUCAGAACAACCCUCCAGCGAGUUUUCGCGCCCACGACGCAGAACUCAGCCCCCAUCCCACCUUAAAGACUAUGAGGUGCAAUACUCUACACAGCAUUUACGUGAACAAGAGGAGGAAACGCAGCAAAACACAACGAGAGAUGAAUCUCCUGUUUUAACCCCAGAUGAUAGUGAUUCUCCUCCCUCUAGUUCAUAUGCUAAUGACAUUGACACAAUUACGGGAGCUACUAGCGCUCACCAUUCAGAUGUUAACACACAGCCUUUUGAAAGUGAUGAAGAGGAGAAGCCUUUGUUACAACCAGACGAGGCUGCACCCUCAUCCGUCAGGCAUAAUCCAAAGUUUCAAGACCUGGAGAAGAUAGUUAGGCAACUGUAUGAAAAUCAAGUGGCCUUUCAGGGGGAACUCCGAGAACUUAAGGUCCUUGUCAAGGACAUACGAAAUCUAUCCAUGAAUCCGCAGUCGGCUCAGCUGGUUCCCCGACCACAGCCAUGGAGACUCCAGUCCCUUUGCCCAGAACUAUCUUUAAAUCACCCGAGGCAGCGGUGCCAGAGCCUUAUAUUCCACAACCUAGUCCCCGCAUAUCCCAAGUGCCCCCUAGCAUUCCACAGUCAAUUCCACAGGCAUCCUCCUGUAACAGCACAGCUCCGGCCCCUAUGACACUUGCAUCCACUUCAAGCUUAAAAGGUUUAGAAAAAUCUGGAGCUGCAAGUACAUGUGAAUCACAUAACAUAGCCUUUACACUGUCAAAAGCAUGUUGGCAAUCUGUAGUCCAAACAAAGGGUUUGGAGGCACUAAGCAAGGAUGUAAGGGAUGCAACAACAGUAGAAACAUUUUUACAAAAACUACGAUAGUAUCCUGCCAUACCAAGAAAUCUCCAUAACUCUUGACGCGUUGAAGGCGCAGGAAAAUUUA